CCUAUACUCUGACCAUCUGUCGCUCCUUCCUUCUACCUGUUCAUACUCUGCUUUCUAUACACACUCCGUUCGUUCUUUCCUUCUUCACCUUUCUUCUCGGAGGAUCGCCAUCUACUUCGGAAGCAAACGCCCAACAAAGUUCGAUCGACAGCUGAGGAGAGAUUGCCCAGCUUCGCCGCCCAGCAAUACGACGUGACAGUCUUUUUGUCCUCCGAGGAACCCAUCUUUCUUACACCACACUCUUUGUGACCUACACAAAUCGCCACCAUGUCUAAACCAUAUGACCAAGGCGCACCACCCGCCUACCCUCCGCCAACCCACCAAGAUGCCGGCCCAGCCCCCGGUGGCAUGCAGCCCUCAUAUUACAACCAGGGCGGCGGCGCGCCAGACUACUACGGCGGCAGCCCGAACCCCUACCAACAAGGCCCGCCCCAAGGCCAGUACGGACCGCCACAGGGCCAAUACGGUCCUCCUCAAGGACAAUACGGAUACGGAGGCCAGCAGAUGCAAUACCAGCAGGGACCGCCACCCCCAGGCGGCUACUACCAAGAUGACAGGAGGGCCGAUGGCGGCGGCGGAGGCUUGUUCGCUGGAUUGUGCGCUGGUCUGGCGUGCUGUUGUUGCUUGGACUGCUUGUUCUAGACAGGUCGCUGUGGACAAACAGUGUUGGAGGGAUUGAUAGAAAUGGAAUGCGCAAGAGGCGGCAUGUUACAUGGGGCAAUCUGGCUUUUCGACCACGGUAAAUCCGUAUACCAUGCGAACAUGGAGUGACGGGAAGAGGAUUCGGCGUACAGACUAUAGACCGAUGGGCUUUCUUUUGUUCUAUUUCAAUUGGGGUCUCUAUGGAUAUGACUG